GCAACGUCUGAAAAGAUGGCGGCCAAAGCGCUUCGGCAGCGGACCAGGCGGAGCAGCAGGCAAGAUGCAAACAACGCAAACGUCCCCGCCGAAGCUCGGCCACCGAAAGAGGAGAAAGGCGGCGACGACAGCAAAGCCACAGAGACCCAACCAGAGUCAGUUAGUCGUGCAGGGCAGGUUUGGGCUCCAGAAGGCUCGACUGCAUUUAAAUGCCUCCUCUCCGCACGUUUCUGUGCAGCUUUGCUCAGCAACAUCUCGGACUGCGAUGAGACCUUCAACUACUGGGAGCCCAUGCACUACCUGCUGUACGGCACAGGGAUGCAAACAUGGGAAUAUUCUCCGCUGUACGCCAUCCGGUCGUACGCUUACUUGUGGUUACACGCGCUUCCCGCUUGUUUGCACGCCCAUGUUCUGCAGACAAACAAGGUGCUGGUGUUCUACUUUGUGCGGUGUGUCUUGGCAUUCUCCUGCUGCGUCUGUGAACUCUAUUUCUACAAGGCGGUGUGUAAGAAGUUCGGUUUGCACGUGGGCCGUCUGAUGUUGGCGUUCCUCGUCCUGAGCACCGGAAUGUUCUGCUCGUCUGCAGCAUUCCUGCCCUCUUCCUUCUGCAUGUACACAACACUGGUUGCCAUGACGGGAUGGUUUCAGGACUCCACGCCGUUAGCCGUCCUGGGCGUGGCAGCCGGCGCCAUCGUCGGAUGGCCGUUCUCCGCUCUCGUCGGGAUUCCCAUCGCCUUCGACCUGCUGGUGUUAAAAAGGCAGUGGAAGAGUUUCGUCGCCUGGUUGGCGGUCGCUCUGCUUCUGCUGCUGGUACCCCUCGUGGCAGUAGACUCUUACUUUUAUGGCAAACUGGUCAUUGCUCCGCUCAAUAUUCUGCUCUAUAACGUCUUCACACCUCAUGGACCUGAUCUGUAUGGUACAGAGCCGUGGCAUUUCUACUUUUCUAACGGGAUCCUGAACUUCAACCUGGUGUUUGCUCUGGCCCUGUUGUCGCUGCCCCUCACGGCUCUCAUGGAGACGCUGUUACAGCGGUUCAAUGUGCAGAACCUGGGCCGCCCGUACUGGCUGACUCUGUCUCCCAUGUAUCUGUGGAUGUUGGUUUUCUUCACCAGACCUCAUAAAGAAGAGCGCUUCCUCUUCCCCAUCUACCCUCUCAUCUGCCUCAGCGGGGCAGUCGCCCUCUCCUCUCUGCAGAAAUGCUACCACUUCCUGUUCCAGCGCCACCGGCUGGAGCACUACACGGUCUCCUCCAACUGGCUGGCUGUCGGCACCGUCGUGGUUUUCUCAGUGCUGUCCCUGUCUCGCUCCGUCGCCCUCUUCAAAGGCUACCACGCCCCUCUGGACCUUUACCCAGAGUUCUAUCGCAUCGCCAAGGACCCGAGUCUCCACUCGGUCCCUGAAGGCCGCCCUGUGGUUGUGUGUGUGGGCAAAGAGUGGCACCGCUUCCCCAGCAGCUUCCUGCUCCCCCACAACUGGCGACUUCACUUCAUUCAGUCCGAGUUCAAAGGGCAGCUGCCUCAGCCGUACGGCCCGGGUCCUCUGGCCACUCGGGACCCACCGGAACACAUGAACGACCAGAACCUGGAGGAGCCGACCCGAUACGUGGAUUUGCGGCAGUGCCACUACGUCGUGGACCUGGACGCGGAGGAGGAGACGCCGCUGGAGCCGCGCUACGCCGCCAACAAGGAGGAGUGGAGCGUCGUCGCCUCCAAGCCGUUCCUUCGAGCCGCGAGGUCGUCUCCUCUCUUCCGAGUGCUCUACAUCCCGUUUCUCUCCGAGCAGCACACCACCUACCGGCGCUACGUCAUCCUGAAGCCGCGGCGGCAAAAGCAGCCUCGCAAGCGGACGCAUGGCUGACCUUUGACCUUUUAGCCUGGCAGCAAAAUGUUAACAGAAAUCAAUCGUGUGUGUGUGUGUGACAUGUAUGUAUGCAUGUGUUUCGAAGUAUUUGUAUUAUUGGGAGAUAUCAGACCCUUUAAGGACGUUAGUGUAUGUGUGUGUGAAGAUAAAAUGUUAUGUACACAGUAUGUGUGUGUUUGGCAGGUAUUAGCUGGAAAUGUAUUACAAACGUGUGUGUGUGUCGUUGUGGAAAUUAAUGUUGUGCACUACAAGAUUUCACAUGUAUUUAGACCGUUAAUCACAAUUCUGAGAUUCGUCUUUUGUGUUUCUGAACGGUGAGUGUAAUAAAUCUUGUAGUGUUUGUCUGCAUUGAAGAGUAUCCUGUGGGCUCUGUGUGGAGAGCAAUGACAGCAAUGGUGUGUUUUCUAAUUUAAUUUGGAAUGUGAAUUAAAAAAAACCUGAUUGACUGCUAA